GACGACCAGUCGGCCGCGCUGGACGAGCUGCUUGGGGACCUGCUCUGCGACCCGGCGGGCGACAGUGCGGCACGGUGCGCCAGGCCUCGCUGCGCGUGCCGGAGUGCGACGGUGCCGAGAAGGACGCCGUCCAGGCCAGCCCCCUGUCCCGGUCGACGGAGAUGCGCAAUCUGGACGAGGAGAUGUCCCGCGAGAUCGCCCAGCUGAGCAAGGAGAUGAGCGCGUGCCUCGCCUCGCUGAACAGCUGGGAGGAGGAGAGGCAGCAGCGCAGCUCCGCGUACAGGGAGGCGCUGGACGAGGCCUGCCGGGGCCCGCACGAGGAGGAGCUGCGCCUCGCGGGCGACGACGGCCCUGGCUGCAGACCAUCCUCGGUCGACAGUCCCAUGGGCGAGGACGCCCAGCCAGAGGGCGGCGCCUGGCCGGGCUUCCUCGCCGAGCAGGGCGCCGGGCCCGACGCGGGCGCCAGGGCGCAAGGUGGUCGCCAGGCCUCUGGCGGCCACGGGGAGGCCGACGUCCGCGCCGUGGCCCUCGCCGCCCUCGCCCGCGCCGAGGGCGAGGGGGCGCUGCGGGCAGACGAGGAGAGGGUGCGGCAGCUCCGGGAGGAGGUGGAGCUGCUGCGCCGGGCGGAGGAGGCGCUGGACGACGGCGCGAGCGCGCCCUGGGGGACCCGCACGACGCUGGACGACGACGACCCUGUUGGGCCGCGGGACCUGCCGGACCCCAUCGGGGAGGCCGCCUUGGUCGCCGCGGCCGUGGCCGCGGGGCCCGCCCCGGAGCAACCGAGCAUGGGUCUCCUCGAGGACGAGCUCAGCGAGCUGCUCGGAGAGUGCUGUGCGGGGGCGGGGAGGGACGCCGCUGGCGGAACGGGCUGACCGCCAACGCGCGAGCAGAGUACAUCGUUCUGCAGAUGAACGGCACGACGAGCGCAGCCUGGGUCAGCAUCACCAGUCGCGACGUGCGGCAUGUGGACGAGACAAGCAGGGUCAACAACGGCACCAGCAACGCGCUAAAGCACUUGAGGGCUCGCUCCGAGGUGCGCCCGAGAGCUCCGCAGGCUCCCGCCGGCUUCCCGGAGGAGAAGAGGACGAGGACGAGGGGGAUGGGCGGGAAGGACGAGGAGCAGGAGAUGGGCAGGGCGGCGGCCCGGGCCGCCUGGUUCAACGCGCGGACCUGCACAUUGAAGGUCGCCACGCCAGGGCCGGCCACCCCGCCGCGGCUGAGGACCUUCGCGCGGCUGACCGACUUCCCUGGGACCGACGAAGAGUGGGAGCAGGAGUACGUCCAGCUCUGCUCCGACCGGGGCGUGGACCCCGACCGCGGCUUCGACGAGGAGGCGUUCAGGGACCUGGUCAACGACGAGUCAGACGACGGGCAGCACUGCACGGACGAGGAGCUCGCCGAGAUGACCGCCAGGGUGUUGGCCCAGCAGGCAGCGCCGCCUGCCAGGGCCGGCCCUGCCGCCGCCGUGGCAGCCCCGGCGCCGGACAGAGGGCCCCGCCAGGAACCCGACGCCGCCCCUGCGAUCUCGAAGCCCCCCGGGCUGGCGACGCCCGAGGCGCUGCCCGUCGGCGGGCUCCCCCCUGGCCCGGGCAAGGACCACGAGGGGCCGAUCCUGGAAGCGGCGCCGCCGCUGGACCAGGACGAGGAGGCGUGGGAGAAGGUCGGGGCGGUCGGCUCCCGCCAGGACGGCUGGGAGGAGGUCGGGGUCGGCAGCCCAGGCGCGGGCCCGGGCGCGCGCGAGCGUCGGGGCGCCGAGCGGCACCCGGAGUUGCCGCGCCGGCAGCUCGUCGCGUCGGUCUUCCGCGCCUGCGACCUCAACGGGGACGGGCGGCUGAGCUGCGUGGAGAUGGAGGCGUUCGCGCGGCAGACAGGAUUCGAGGGGACCGCCGAGGAGUGGGCGGCCGAGUUCAGGGCCCUCUGCGCCGACCACCACGCAGGCCCCAACGAGGGGAUCAACCUCGAUGUAUUCGCGGAGCUGGUGGACGACGAGAGCGACAAUGGGUGCUACUGUACAGACGGGGAGCUGGUGGACAUGCUAAAGAAGUUGUUCCCCGCGCUCAAGGAGGUCACGGCCGCGGCCCCCCCGCCGGCCGCGACACCCGACGGCUCGGCCCGCACGCAGCUCAUCGGCGACGUGUUCCGGGCCUGCGACCGGGACGGCGACGGCAGGCUGAGCUCGUCGGAGAUGCGCCCCGUCGCCGAGCUCAUCGGCUUCGAGGGCGACGACGCGACGUGGGAGGCCGAGUUCGCAUUGCUGCUGCAGGGCCACGCGGGACCCGGUAUUGGCCUGGGCCUCUUCUCUCAGCUCGUCAACGACAUGUCUGAGGAUGGGUGCUACUGUACAGACGAGGAGCUCGGAGUCCUGCUGCGGAGGCUCUAG